AUGGGCGCCCUCCGUCGCCGCCGUCAUCGCUUUCUCCUAGCUUCACUCGCCGCAUUUGCUUUCCUCCACCUGGUCUCCGCUGCCUCCGUAGUCUCCACCGGUGGAUGGCUUGGUCAGAGAACCAGGUCGGAUAUACCAGGUCGGUUUAUGGCGGAUAAAAGGUUUGGACCGGGUUCGUCACCACCGACGUGUAGAUCGAAGUGUGGGAAAUGUCAGCCGUGUAAACCGGUUCAUGUACCGAUUCAACCAGGAAUGAGUAUGCCAUUGGAGUAUUACCCUGAAGCUUGGCGUUGCAAGUGUGGUAACAAGCUCUUCAUGCCCUAG